AAUAAAAAUCAGUCUUGGUGAUACUUUAAACGAAGCAUCUUCCGUUCUUGUAAUGUUCAUAAAAUUAAAUAUUAAAAAAAUUUUUAAUUUACAAAAAUAAAAAUAAAAUGGAGUUAGGGUCGAUUGAUUUAGUGAUUAUAAUAGUAGGAAUUAUUGUUGGUUUUUAUUAUUGGUCAACAGCGACUCAUAAUCAUUGGAAACGAUUGAACGUUCCUGGUCCGAAACCACUUCCACUAGUUGGUAACUUUGGUUCUUUUUAUUUUGGACAAAAAGCAUUUGCAGAUAUUCACCAACAAUUUUACAAGGAAUGGAAACGCGAACCAUUUUAUGGUAUUUACAAUGCACGUUUGCCGACUCUAAUGGUGACAGAUCCAGAGUUAAUACGUCAUAUCUUGAUAAAAGACUUCAAUGUCUUCAAUGGUCGUGGAAUUAACAUCAAUGAAAGUGACCCGUUGGCGCAUCACCUAUUCAACAUUGAAGGGCAUGAGUGGAAAGUACUACGCUCUAAAUUGACACCCGCAUUCACGACAGGUAAACUCAAGCACAUGAUCGAUUUGAUGAUCGAGUGCGCAGAUCACUAUGAAAAGUUUUUGAAGGACCAAAUUGGAAGUGGCAAAGUACUUGAGAGUCGAGAAUUGGCGGCGAAAUUCACCACGGAUGUUAUUGGAUCUUGUGCGUUUGGCAUUAAUAUGAACGCUAUUGGUCAAGAAGACAGUCAAUUUCGAAUAAUUGGAAGAAAAAUUUUUGAACCGACUAUUUGGAAUAUGGUUAAACGAUUGAUGUCAAUUUUGACACCGGGACUGUUCAGGUUUUUGGGCUUGCAGACUUUGUCAAAUGAACAUACUAAUUUUUUUAUAAAUUCUAUAAAAGAGACCAUAAAGUUCCGUUUAAAAGAAAAAAUUGUUCGUCAUGAUCUGGUUGACAUGUUGAUCGAUAUUAAGAGACAUCAAAAUGAAAUCGAUUUCGAGUUAACAGAGGCUCUUCUGGCAUCGCAAGCUUUCGUUUUCUUCGCCGCGGGCUUUGAAACUUCCUCAACCACAAUUUCUUUCGCUUUGUACGAAUUAGCAACUGUUCCUGAAACUCAAGAAAAAUUAAGAACUGAAAUUAUUGAAACACUUGCAAAACACAAUGGUCAAAUAUCAUACGAAGUUAUCAACGAAAUGAAAUACCUCAAUAUGGUUUUACAAGAAACGUUGAGAAAAAAUCCUCCAGUUAUUCUUCUUCAAAGAAAAUCGAUACAACCUUAUGAAGUACCUGGAAGUGAUGUAACAUUACCUACAGGAACAAGAGUAUUUAUCCCGGUGUACAGUAUCCAUCACGAUGAGCAAUACUUUCCAAACCCAGAACUUUUUGAUCCUGAGCGAUUUGACGAAGAUGAUAAGAAACAUUCUAUGACCAAUUUGCCCUUCGGCGACGGUCCUAAGAACUGUAUCGGCGCGAGAUUUGCUGCUUAUCAAUCAAAACUAGGACUCAUUUGUAUUCUUAAACAUUUCAAAGUAUUGCCAUCACAAUCCACUAAAGUUCCCUAUGAAAUUGACAAAGCUGCUAUCGUUUUAUCCGUUAGCGGAGGUAUUAAUUUGAAAUUUGAACCGCUCAAUACAAAAUGAUUCAUAUAAACGACGUAUAAAUAUUAUCUUCUAUCUAAAAGCGAUAUUAAUAAUCAAAUUGUUUUCACAACUAAGAUAUUGUAAGUAAAUAAUGGACUCGACUAAUAAUUUUAUUAAUUGUACAACAUUUUUUUAUAAAUUAAUCUGA